CAACUGGACACAACUAAAGAUAUCGUGACGUCUCAGCGCUCCACGGGCACCUUACUCAGGUCCCUAAAAUCCCUUCAACCCGAAACGGCGCACGCAACAAUUGACAGAUACAAGCGCCUCUGUCUGUAUAAUUAAGAAGCUCUUGUACGGGUCGAUUUUUUAUACAUACAACAGAUCCUUAUAGUGCUGUCAGUCGUAUUUAGUCCUGACAGCUGGUAAAUCAGUGUAAAUUAAUAAAAAUGUCAUUUGCUGAAAAACUAACGUCAAUUAUGCAAAAACCAGGACAAGAUCCUGUUGCCAAGGAUGAUGUACCUGUUUGGUUGAAGUAUGCUGGUCGAGGACUCGGUACUGUAGGCAGUUUAAUUGCAAUUUUUCUUGGAGCAUGGAACUCUGUAUCGAUACUAUGGGGUUCUAUAGAUUGUUUAAUUAGUGGUAUGUGGCAAAUGGUGGCUGGUUUUAUAGUAGUAAUGAUAGAAGCCCCAUGUUGUUGUUUAUUUAUUGAUUUUGUACAAAACUUAAGUGAUUGGGUAGAAAAGAGACCAUAUUGGAAUAGAGCAGGGGCAUACUGUUUAAUGGCAAUUCCACCAGUCUUCCUGUGUAUAAAGAUGAGUAGUAUUUUUGGCAGUGGUCUAAUAUUUGCAACAGGUGUAAUGUAUGGACUAAUGUCUCUUGGACGAAAAGCACCUCUUCCUGAAAUGAGAUCAGCAGCGAUAAACAUCGAGGUUCCUUCAUCCAGUAUGCAAGCCACACUUGUUGGGAAUGCUCAACCCAUGGGUUUUACUAAUAGACCAGAUAGUAAUGUUUGAUUUUUAUAUAACUAAUUGGCAAAACCUCAUCAUUUUGUAUGAAUGAUAACGAAUGUUGUUUUGAUAAAACCAUCAGUAACCAAAUCCAUGAAUAUUGUGUUAUUAAAAUAAUUGUAUUUAUUUUAUAACAAUAUUGUAAAAAUUUCAUAUACUUUUAUCAUGAUUAUCAGAACAAUUAUUUGUAUUACUUGUAUUAACACGUUGACUGCCAACUGUGAGACAACUCGUAGUUUGCGUUAUUGCCUAAGACGCCAACUACGAAUUGUCUUGUAAUUGGCAGUCAACGUGUUAAACUUUCAAUGAAUUUUAGAUAAUAUUCUUUUAUUACAUAAUUUUCAAUUCAGUAGUGUAAGUUACAGAUACAUUAUGAAAACAUUGCUGUUAUAUGCAUAGAAGUGCAUAUAUAAUUAUAGCAUAUAUAAAGUUAAAAACUGCCAUAGAAAUUAAUUUUCAAAGCUAUAUUCAUGGGCUUGGUUUCAUGACUUUAUCUAUUUAGUGUGUCAUAGUAAUUUAAUAUUAAAAUUUGUGAUGAAAAAACUAUUCUUAUAAUUGGUUUUGGAUAUAUAGUUAUCUUACUUAAAUUUUUACAUCCUAAUGGAAUGAAUUAUAAUAUUUUAAGUGAAAAUAACACUUCCAAAAUCAAAAUCCAAGACUUUCAGAUAGAUCAUUCAUAACUGAUAGGGAAUGGAAGAGUCAUAAUAGCUUUAUCCUUCUUAAUGUGUAUGCAUAUCUGCAUAUAUAUAAAGCAAGUCAUAUGAUUAGUUAAGAUAAAUCGUAGCUUCCUUUUGUUUAAAAUAUAAAAGACUAGAAAAAAA